AUGUCAAUCAAUAACACUCAAUCUAACAAAACCAUUUACACUUUGGCAACAAUCUCCCAAGCCUUGGAAUGCUCUUCUGUUCCAGAAGUGAUGACACUUAGAUUAGAAAAUAUUAUUAGAAUUGGGGAAGCUUGUGCAGUCAAGUGGGUCAUUUGCAACACCAAUAAGCAACCCACCAACAUUACUGCUGAAGAAGCCAAAGCAACUGGUAUUAAGUUAUGUUUUUCUCAGGAGUAUUCCUGUCAUCAUUGGGGAACCUAUGAAUCUAAGGCAACUUUGCGUGUGGUUCAAAAGCAAACAAAGAAAAACAAGUGUUCUGCUCUUCUUCAUGUGAAAGAGUUCUUUAAGACACCUGAGUUUUAUGAAUUUGUUGUUACAAAAGAUUAUGCAGAGCAUACUCCUGGUGAUAUGCGUAGUAGCAUUUGCACCCUUCCUUUUGCAAAGAAAUAUCUUCACGAGUUGGCUCAGCAAUUAGAACAGUCGUCAAAAUCUGCUAGUCAAAUUAGAAUUGAUAUGUUGAGAGCUGUAGAUCGAUAUGGUAGAAAGUCUGAAAGAAAAGUUAACUAUUAUGAUAUCUGGAAUUUGAUAAACAAACAUUUACUUUAA